UGUGUGCAAUCAAUUUCGUUCCACGUUACUAACCGUCUCGUUUUCAGAACUGGCCGAGUACUUCACGCUAUCGAACCAAGGCGCGACCGUGACCCUCGCAUUGCAGGACUCUCUUCCGGAAGAAUCCAUACCCUCAAACCGAAUCAUUUUACUUGAGAUACAAGCGUCUGCCCAACAAGCUAUGUCGGCGUUCACCACUAUAGUGCUUGAAGUCAUCCUGGCCGACGACACGGCGCCGCCGCCCACCGCCCUCGUCUUUGACGCAACCUACUAUGUGGGUAGCUACACGGAGAGCGAUGGUCUCGUUUUCAGCACUCCGAUAGCUCUCGCCGAAGGUUUUGAAGUGGAUGUCGAGUUCGGUCUCGAAGGAGAUAGUGCGCAAUGGUUCACAUUAGUGCCGGGCUCUGAUAACACCUACAGCCUAGCACUCUCCAGUCCCAUUCCGGCAGCUGUCGUCGCCAACAAUCAGAAACUCAUCUUCGUCGUCACGGCUCAGAGGUCUGGUGGAGUCGCCGCCCGAGCCACUAUUGUUAUAGCAUUGACUGACGGCAACCCAGAUUCCUCGGUGACUUUCGACAAAGUUUUAUAUGAGGGAAUCGUACAAGGAAGUGUGGUACAACAUGAAGAAAUCACAGUUCAAGGGUACAGCGGAACUAGUGUUACUAUUAUUGGAGCAUACGCUCCGUUAUUCGAAGCGACUCUUUCUGGUGGCUCGGUAGUGGUGACGGCGUCUGGAUCUCUAACGCUUCCUUCUGAUAUCCAAAUUAUUGUCUUGGAGCUUCGAGCGGGAGAUAUAGGAGCUGUUCUAAUCCUUGAAGUCACUGCAACAGUGGCGACAACCGAAGGGACCCCAAAGCCGAAGGGACCCGAGAAACAUAAAAGUUAUUUGUUAUUUUUCUUUGAUUCUAAUAAAAAACGCUUUUACCUGGCCAGUAAACCUCGCAUUGUUUGGUCUAACUAA